AUGCCACAAGGACAAAAAGCAAAGCAAACAAGUGCCCAUGGUGUCACUGGUGUGAAAGGUAGCAGUCAACAUGCAGGCAAGAGCAAGGUUAUUUUUGAGGAAGAAAAAAGAAGUAUGGCUGGUGCAUCAAGCUCUAAUGACACAUCUGUGAGAAGCGCUAAUAGCACAGAAACUGCCCCUUGCAUCUUACAAACAGCUGAGGUGAAGACGGCUGCCAUAAAAGUGGGUAUUGGCAUAGACACUGCAACCGUCACACCUGGAGGAUCAGCCACUACAAGAAAGAGGGGGAGGCCACGCAAAAAUUUGGCUGGUCAGAGUCCAGAAGUUGGUGGAAAAGAUGAAACUGCAUCAAAACAGCCCAAGCUGAUGGACAAAUCUUGUAAUAGCAAAAAUACAUGUGCAAUCACUGUAAUACAGCAUGAAGGGCCUUUAGAAAAAGGUACUGAAUUAAAGCAGUUAAAUCUGGAAGUCAGCGAAAAACAGGAUGACAGACUUCAAAAAGCAUUGGUCAGCGAUGGUUUGGUGCCUCAAAACUCAGCUGUCUUUAGGAAUCAAAAUAUUCCAGCAGUCAAGUCUCACUCACCUGAUCAGGCUGAGCCUGUCCAUACAGAAGUAAACAUGUGUAAGGAUGCAUUUACUCCACGUCGCAGUGGACGAGGUGUUGUGCCCAACCGACGCUUCCAGGAUAUGGAGGUAGACUUUGGUCGCAGGAAGAUAAAAGAGGAUAUGCCAGAUGAUAAGAAACUUGGUAAACUUAAGUACAAGGUACAAGGAGGUGAUAGUGUAACUUGUAAACCUGAAAGAGGCACUUUGGCAAAGGUAGAAGAAGAUUUUUCCAUACCAAGAAAUGUUAAAGCAGUGAAUAAAAGAAAGCUGGCUGUAUCCUCCAAAGCUGUCCAAGAUACUUCUGUACUGACCGAUUCAAAAUCUGUGAGGCAAAAUUCUGAAAGAUCAGAGACCUUGUCAAGCCCUUCUAAAGCAAAAGAGGGUACUUUGGAGCAAAAACUUGAUUCUUUGCCAGGCGCAGCAAAAAUUUCCAUCCAACCCAGGGAGAUGAGGCAAAGUAGCAGUGCAAAGUCUGAUCAGGUGGUCAGUCCUGGUGUAGGGCGGAUCAUUGUGACGGAAAAGAACGUUCCUGAAAAAGACGAUUUGUUGAUGUCUUACAUGACAGUUGAUCAUAGCAAAACAAUUCCAGUUAUCAUUGCUGAGCUACAUAAAAAUGCUGUUGAGUCGGUAGAAGAUGCUGUAGAGACUCCAUCCGAAGACAACCAGACACACAUUGUUAUGUUAUCUGGAGAUUCAGCAGCACAGUCAGGUGUAGUUAAACAGCAGGGAAAUCUACCAAAGGAAUCAGUGGAGGUAACUGACAUGUCAGAGCCACAUCAAGGACCAAGGGUACAAGAGGAAGUGGUCAACAUAUGUAGUGUUGAAACAGACAUUGCUCUUCCAGAACAUUCAGACAUGACUGGUCAAUCAUCACCCUCUGAAAAUCAGCACACACAGCAGGAGGAAAAAAUAACCAUUGCUGCUGCAGCUGAAAAAGAUGAAGCUACUAAUGUUCAAGCUGUCUCAUCUACAGACAAGGUUAAUGAAAGUGGUCCCACUUUCACAAAUGCACCAUUUACUGGGAAAGCUUCAGUAACUAGAGAGAACAGCUCACCUCUAGCCACUUCAUCCUAUACAGAUAGAAAGGGCAUAUCUUCUAUUAUAACAUUGGGAAGCUCACAGAAUAAGUUUUCUACCAGUGGUACCCAAACUCCUUACCAUCGAAAAAGUCCUGCUGAAGGAAGUGUCAUAACUAUCCGUGUCCAACCACCCAGCAUCAGCAGCCACUCGAGACCUGAUGAUCCACUGAGUUUGAAAAAAGAGAAAGAGGAGAUGGAGCCUGUGGAGGUGGUUGUCAGGGAUGAUGGGCAGGAGGAGAGUAGCAGUGGGGGUAGUGGGGAUGUGACAGAGGUCAGAGAGGAUGACCCAUCUUACUACAGUGUUGAUGAGGCAGGUGUGUUUACCUGUGUUACUUGUGACUAUAAGACGACAAAGAAAGCUAACUUCUACAAGCAUAAACGCAAACAUCUUGCCUUUGCCAUUCCCAAGGGUAAAAAGACUUUGUACACAGCAUGA